CUCAGGUCAUGAUCUCAUGGUUUGUGAGAUCGAGCCCUGCAUCAGGCUCUGGGCUGGCAGCACGGAUCCUGCUUGGGAUUCUUUGUCUUCCUCUCAGCAUAUGGUGUCUCAGUCUGUUUGAGCUGCUAUAGCCAAACACCCCAGACUCAGUAGCUUAUAAACAACAUUUAUCACAGUUCUGGAAGCUGCAAUACAAGACCGGGCACCAGCAUGGCCGGGUGCUGGUGAGGACCCUCUUCUGGGUUGCAGAUGGCUAACUUCUCACUGUGUCCUCCUUUGAGGGAUGGGGACAGGGAGCUCUCAGGGGCCCCUUUUAUAAAGGUGUUAAUCCCAUUCAUGAGGGCUCUGUUCUCAUGACCUAAUCACAUCCCAAAGGCUCAUCUCCAAACAUCAUCACCGUGAGGAUUAGGUUUCAACAUGAAUGUUGAGGGGGACACAGACAUUCAGAGCAUGGCAUAUGUAAUUUUGUGUGAGCACUCACAAAUAGCCAACUAACUGUCCCAAGGGAUGUGCAACGUUGUAAGAGCUAAGAUGUGUCCUACUCACACCUCACUGUGAGGAGGGCAGAUAACUUUGAGUGGGCGAAUUCCAAGGAUGGGGUGUGGUGAGUCCCAGGGUUUGAGGGCUGCUCAGGGAAGAGGUAGAACCAUGAGAGGUGUUAAUCAGGUGGUACGUGGAUAGGGCUGCAUGAGGGGAUGGGCCUCCCAGAGAAGGUAGCAUGAGGCGCGCACCCCAAAGGGCCAUGGAACUCCCAGGGGAGAGGGGUGCCAGACAGGGGCUCAUGAGUCUAGAUGAUACCUCUCACCAGUAAGGUGAGAAGUCUCAGGAUCAAAGCCCUAGAAGGCUGUCAGCAAUUUGGAGUCUUACAGCUCUGGGAUUUGUCUUAUCUAUGUUAGCAGAUGUUGGGGGCACUUUUGUGGGGGAUGUGCAAAGCAGGUAGGCUCUAAAUGGCUAAACAAAUGAUGAUUUGUACCAUAUUCAAAGCAAUUGGAUAUGGAAGGAUUUGAGUUUGGAGCAGGAGGCUUUGAGCUACAGAAGUGAGCAUGGUAGGGACCACUCUAUAGGGGCAUCUCUGGCCUCAUGAUGGAGCAAGGAGGCCAUGCAAUCCCCAUGACAAGGACUAGCCCUUUAAUUUGAAAGUUUCUAGAGUCAUCUUGUUUUCCUAAGACUAGAAGUCCACUCCAGGUCAAGAUCAGCUACAUAACGUGCAAGGGCCCAUGUUCAAGAAGUAGGAAAAAGGCGCCAUUAAAGGUAUCUAGUUCUCUCCAUCUGUCAUAGUAAUGCUUCUUUGCUAUUUAAUGUCACAAUCUCCCAGGCACAAAGAUACUUGAAGGACACUUGCAGAUGCUCACACUGCCUGGGGAUCCCCACACUGCCACUGCGCAUACGUGUGUGGUCCACCAUCAGCCACUGCUGGACUGGCGUGUCUUGCUCCAGAGAGAGUCAAGCCAGGUGUUUCCCCCAUGAGCCUGCCACUGCCAUCCAUGGUGGCUGGGCAACUCUCAAAGAUAUGUCAAUAUCUUCUGCAAGCAAUCCGUAUUGAAUUGGGGGCUGGAGAGAGGUCUGCUCCUGCCAGGUUGCCCGCCUACACCACGGCACGGUCAUGGCACGGGAGGGUUUGAUGGCAUGCUGGGCCCUAAGACACUGCCAUCCCAUCUCUAGAUACAUCUCCACUCAGUACGAGCUGGGGGUCGGUGGUGGCAGUGUUUCUGGGAGGGAUAGGAAAGGAGGAGGUUGGGUGGGGCCCCCAGGGCCAGGGGCCAGGAACCCCCAAGAAGGUGAGAAGGGGAAGGAAGGCAUAUCAUAUGGGGACUGAGGCUCUAAGGUCCCAGACUUGCUCCUAUUCCGACCAGAUUUGAUUUACAGAGCACAUAUUCAAAGAUAAAAUUAUUAAGAAUUGCAAUACAGUGAGUGCUGAGCAUUAAACCCCAAGGUAAGAACAGGGGUGUGCAGCUGCCCUCCUCAUACUUGGCCUGGCUCCAGGUUAUUAAAAAUGCCUGGAAGCUGAAGGCUGAGGCUGUUAGGCUCAGCUCUCAUCCCCUAGUACCUACGUAUUGCCUUAUGUUCAUGAAGCUGCCUCGUUUGAAGGCCACAGAAACAAACGUGCAGAUAUCAGCAUGGCUGCACUUUCCAGGCCAGAAAAAGUUCACUGUGAGUGACACGUGUACUUGAAAAAGAAUUUACAUAAAAGUUGGACGCAAAGCAGGAUAGACAGACAUGUGAAUGUAAGGCUGGUAAUAAUAGCCAGACACACUGAUAGCCACUUAAUACUCAUUUCAGUGAGUCCUUCUAAAUAUCCUAUGAAGUAUGUACCUUUAUUCCGUCCCCAUUGUAAGAUGAAGAGACAAGUUCAACAAAGUAAGCCACCUGCCCGAGGUCAUACAUCUGCUAACCCGCUCUGUCUGACCGCAGCCUUCCUCAUUCAGUUAUCCUAUUUUGCAUUCCCAAGAUGAAGAACAGAGCCUUGCAGAAGCAUGGACAACAGGAUGGGACUUAUUUGGGGGUGCAGGGAUAUAAGUAGUAAUUUUGAUACCCGUGUUCUUGAUGAAUGAAAAGGAUGUGGAAAUUCUGCCUUUGGGCUGCUAGUUGACAUUGUCACAGGCUCGGGGAUUCAGAGCUAAGUUGGUAAAAUGACUACCACCCCCCCCUUUUCUCCCAGACCACCAUAAAAUUGAGAUUAACCACCCCCCUUUCUUGUGUGAAGGUAGUACAAAUGAAAACCAGGGCAGUAACAGUGCACAUGGCUUGGGCUUUUCUUACAGGGCACCAGGCUUCUUUCCAAGCACUUCCCUAUGUUCCAAGCACAUCCAUAUCCUCAUCCCUACAGCUUGACAACAACCCUAAGAGACUGGCAGAGGAGCUGUGGGCUUCAAAGAACCAAGUGGAUAGGCACAGCCAUCCCCAUCCGCCCAGCAAGCUUCAGCACAAAGCAAGCAGCAAUUAGCAUGAACACAAACAGUUCUUGGGUUGGUGCUCAGAAGUUAGGUGGGCAACCUGAGAAGAUCCAGCCUCAAGGUGAAGAUCCAGCCUCCAGGUGAUGGAACGCAGCUCAGGAAAGGACCAGCUCUGGGCGUGUUGCGUCUGGCAAUCACUAUGGCUGCUCCUUAGUCAAUGGAAGAGACAGUGGAGCUGGGAGAGAGAAGGGGGGCUAGCAGGCUCCUACAUCCUGCAUCAGUAGGAUCAGUGCGUGGCUCCUGGUUUUCUAGCUCCUGGCCUCGUGUUCCUUCCACUGCCCCAGCCAGAAUUCCCAGAAUCCAGGUCCUCCCAUCAUGCCAGUCCUUGAUCCUAGGAAACGGAGCAUGUCAAUGUGCUUUCUUUAUUGAUUCACUUCAUUGACCAAGUGUAUUCCCCAUUACUUUCAAAUAUAAGUGAGCCUCCUGUCCUCUCGCACAGGUCCCAGACCUCUGCUCCGAAGAGUCUUCCCCAGAAAUGACCCUGACCGGGAAGAUGUCUUAUGCUGUCUUCGCCUUUUUCUUCAUUUUCGCCCAGUUUCCGUCAGGGUGCCAGGCAGGACUCGAGUAUUCCAAGCCACUUCCAGGAGGUGACUUUGCUGCUUGUGAGCCAUGCAGGCUCGGCCGGGGCAAGUGCAGGAAGAUGUGUGCUGAGGAUGAGAAGCCUGUUGGACACUGCAGGCUGAACUUUUUCUGUUGCCGACGGAAGGUCAGCUGAACCCGAUGGGCCCUCCUCCAGUCUUGGAAGCGGGCCUGGACUUUCAAAGGAGGGCAAGAGAAAUUGGGUGGCUUUACCCAAGUAACACCGUGAGCGAGUCUCAGAAUCAUUCCGGUUUCUUUCUCCCCUUGUUUUGUUUCUUUGCUUAUUUUUUAUUGAUUUUAAAAUCAAGAUUCGAAGGUGCCUAAGAGCCUAAUCAGAUACUACCACUACAAACUUGUGGAGUACCUUGUCAUUUGUGAGUAUUUCCCCCAUACUUUCCUCAGAGAACUCAAUAUAACCUUAUGAAGUAGAUUUUAUUAUCUCUAUUUAUAUUUGAAGAAAUUGAGACCCAGAGAAGCUGUCACUUCCUCAAGGUCAUAGCCUGGGAGCCAGAAACGGACGUGUAUACCCCCGUCAUGUUCUGUGUAUCUAUCUAUGUGUACCAAUUUUAACAAAAUAGAGAAACAGAAAGGGCAUUGCAUUUGUGUCAGUGGACUUAUAAUUGUAUAGAAUACAAGAAAUUAUCCACGUCAUUUCUUGGUAUAUCAAUACAUUGUCAUUCUUUACUUCUAGAACUUAUGGUGUAUUUUUUAGGCAACUCAUACUUACUCAAUUAAUGUCUGUGGCACCAACUUCUCACUUCUUUUCUUGCCUAUAAAUGAAAAUGCCGGAGAUUGACUUACAAUGCUCAGCCUAGACUAAGCAUGGAUGGUUGACUAUAUAACUUUUUGCCUCAUGAAAUAAAAUUUGUAGCUUCAUACAAUAAAGGUCAAAAUUAUUCAUCCUUAUGAGCAGCUACUCAAAUUUGAUCACUCAGUUUUUACAUGUGAGACGAACAGUAUUUUGCUUCAUGUUUGAGCUACCAUCGUUUGAUUGGUCAUUUUGCACUCCAGUACAUCUUUUGGUCUCUCCUUGGUGGGAGAAUGGUGGAUGGGAGGAAGGGGUUCUCUCCCCCACCUCUCCAGCAGUGGCUGCCUCUCCCAGGUGCCCACACUUCAAAGUGUCUACAGGCAAAGAGCUCCGACUGGAGUUGUGCACCAUGGCAGGACAGAAAAGUCAGCACUGGAGUGGACUGCACUCACGAGAUUAGGGAGGGCAAAGGGGCGUGGCUUCCACAGACCCAGGGA